AAAAGACUGAGCAAUUUUAUGUGAAGGGGACCCUUAAAUUGAGCAAGAAACUGCAGCAACCUCAGUGUUGGGGAAUGAAACCGGAUGGGGUUACCAUGGACACCACAGAGCCCAUUGAAGCUGCGGAGUUCUCCAUGUCGCAGGACAACGCAAUAGAGCGAGCCGUUUCUCCGCCGGAGCAAGCCGAGAAUGAAGUUUCACCUGAAGAUGCUACAAAGACCAACGGGGGACCAGACCCCCAAGUUGAACUACAAGCUUUUAACCCCGAAAAUGAGGCUGCCGCAAAAACACACGCGUCCUCAAGAUCUGGAUCCCAACCGCGUACUGCUGCCUCACAUCAGCUUGUAAAUAUCACGCAGUCUUCUGCGAACAAUACGAACUCUGCCGAGAAAACUGCAGCAAAGCCACCUGUAGCGGGGCCUGCCCCCAAAAGACCAGUCAACGUUGCAACGGUUGCGCCCACCGCCAAGACCCCGACCAGGGUGACUCAAAGGAGGCCCGCUGGAAACGGACCAUCUCGGACUACAUCAAGUGCUACUGCGACAAACGGUUCCAAGCCCGCAACCCUCAAUGGAAGUCGCAAUAAGAGGACAGCCGCUGAUAAUGUUAGCGCAGCUAAAGUCAAAAGUUCUGUAACUGUCAGCAGAUCAGCAGCCUCCACUGCGCCGAAACCAAGCACUUUUGCUGCUGCCAGAGUUGACAGCGGUGCUGUUCCAAAGAACAAAAGGCCUCCUAUUGUCCCCUUGGCGUCUCGAGUGGCAUCAUCUGCGUCCAGGGCUGGUAGCACCCUUGUAACCAGAGCACCCGCUAGUGCAGCGCCUGCUUCUUCAGCAUCACGAUCAGCGCCAUCAACGUCCAGGGCGGGUGGUAAUGUUGCUCCCAGGCCGACCAACAAUGUUGCUUCCAGGCCGACCAGCAGUGCGAGUAGCAGAACUGCUGCGUCGAGAGUUACCACAGUACCCUCUACUGGCAGGAGCACAGCAACACAGCCUCACCCAGCUGCUGCCACAAAGAAAGAUGUCAGUCGGCCACCUUCUACUGCAGUUGCAAAAAGGCCUGCUGCUUCAUCAUUUGCCGUCAAAAAGCCUGAACCCACUAAACCUCCAGUCACCGGAAAACCCACUUCUGCCUUCAAAUUGGCCGCUAUGCCUGUAAAAGCGGAUCCAAAGGUGUCACAACCUAAAACCCAACAACAUGCAAACCCUGGUCCCGCCAAGUAUUCCAGUAUGACUUCUCCAAAGCUUCCGGCAGCUAGCAAAAAACCACUGAGAAGAACCCCGCCUGCUUCUCCAGCUAACAUAUCCAGAAACGGCAGCACAGCAAUGGCAAAACACGAAACCAAACCCACUCAGGCAGUGGUUCCUUUUUCGGCCGUUGUCAAGAAGACAAAAAAAUCCCAAUGCAACCCCUCUCUAAGGACACAGAGAAAUGCUGGUGCAGCACUAACAAAUGCAACACCAGCGGUAGAAUUAGCAAAACUAAUGGCGGCUGUACCCAAAGAAGCAUCUACAGCUACCUCUGUACCAGAGGUGGUCCCGCCUCAAGCUACUGCAGUGCCUCCGGCUUCUCAGAGUCCUUUGGCUGUUUGCUCUCCUCCACGUAGCCCCGUCCCUCCAGCAUCUCCAGCAAUACCUCCACCCCAGGAACAAAGUGAAAAUGAUGCUCCUUCAGCACAACAGCAGCCGGUGUCAACAACUGUGGCGCUGCAAACACCCAAAGUGGCCUCUCUGCCAGAGAUACCCAGCCAGUCUAUCAAUGUGUCUUCAGACCAGACUACUUUCAUAUCAAAAGCCGCUUCGACUGCGCUAAAGUCGGUCAUUCAGGUAGCUCCUCCCAGCAAUCUAAAUGAUGAGGAAGACGAAGAGGAAAGAGAAGGAAGUCAGCUGGUUUCAGUUUCCGAAAUGAGCGGGACCACACAACCCACCGAGGAGUCGCGUCCCGGGUCGGCUGGACCGUUGGGCGGCUCCGCUUGGAGGGCAGGUGGCGCCUUCCUGUCUGAGCUGGACUCGCUUAGUGGGAGCCAGCAGGGGGCGUCGGAGUUGAGCGCCUCCCGGUGUCCUGGAAGGCACUGAGAGCAUGGAUG